AUGAAGAGGCUCUUAGUUGUUGUGCUCUACUUGUUCGUCCUACAGAAACAGUUAGAUGCAAAAAGUGGAAAUCUGCGAAGUAGUGAUGUCAAAGAUGACAAAGUUGAAAAAAAAAAGAAAUUAACGAGUGGAUGGAUCCCUUAUUAUUUACCCCCACAAGGGGAGGAGACUACACCAAUUUCUCUCUUGGCAUCUCUUCCAGAGAAGACUACCUUUAGAAAGUCAGCCAACAUGAGAAAGGAUGUGAAAGAAGAAGAGGAAGAUGAAGAAAAUUUGAGUAGUUUAAUGCAAUCAGGUGAAGAAAGCGAUGUAGAUUUUCAAUUUGAGCUUCAAAUAGUGGAAGGCGCAGACGACUCGACAGACGCGCAGAUGGAGGGAGGAUUCUCUCAAGCAAAUUCUGUGCACACGCGAGUGGAAACUGGUGAGGUGGAUGAUUCGCAGCGGGGGGAUGCUGUCCUCGAACAAGCUCAGGGGCAUACGGCUGAACAUGCAGCGGAAUUAGUAGCAGAAUGGGUGGGACAACCGGUGACUGCCCCCGCUUCUGGGGAACCACGAGCCGAAGAUGAUAAAAAUGAAGAAGCGCCAGAGGAAGCACAACCCCUGCCUGUCCAAGAAACCAACGAAGUGUCAGUUGAAGAGGGGCAAGAAGAGACGCCUUCAGUGGCUAAGAAGGCCGUACAUGAGAGUGCGCCUAGCCAACCUGCAGAUGUUAGUGAGUCUAGCCAACCUGAAGAUGUUAGUGUGCCUAACCAGUCAACAGAUGCUACUGUGCCUGAGCUUAACGAAAGCAAUGGCAGCGAAGUCGACACAGCGGAAGGAGCAAGCGCAAAAGAAAACUUUUACCAUUCAGAGGAACAUGAGGAGGAAGAAGAAGAGAAACAGGAACAAAUGGAAGAUGAAGAGUUCGAAAAUGACUAUGACAACGUGAUGCACGAAGGAAAUGAUCACGAAGGAGAGACCUCUUCGAAUGAUGGUCCAACGUAUUUGACCAUAGGGGAUACAGUAACCAUGCUUGCCGUGCGAAACUUGUUAAGUGCUUUCAACUAUGACUACGCAGUUAUGGAUUUCCUCACGAGUUUUAAUCCUGACGUGAUUAGUGCGUUCUACGUGGUUUGA